AUGGCACGGCACGGCAGUCGGGCCUACGUCCUGCUGUCUCUCAGUCAGCAGGACGGCAUCGAGCAGCACAUGGACUUUGACAACCGUUACACUCUGCUGGAGCUGUUUGCUGAAACCACGUCGUCAGAGGAGCACGGCAUCUCCUUCGAAGGGAUCCACCUGCCUCAGAUUCCCGGGAAGCUGCUGUUCUCUCUGGUGAAGCGUUACCUGUGCGUGACGUCUCUGAUGGACAAACUCAACACGGCGGGGGCGGAGUCUCCCUCUGACCGACAGGACGCCAGCCCCUCCCCCGCCUCCUCCAGCGCCGCCCACCAGACGGAGCACCUCCGUGUUCAGCGGGAGUUCGACUUCACCAUGGCCAUGGCCAACCUGAUCUCAGAGCUGGUCCGCGUGAUGGGCUGGGACCGGAACCGCCAGCCUCCAGAUGGCUCCGCCCACCACCUGGAUGGAGGCGGGGCCUGUGUAGAGGACCAGGGGGACGAGGCGCUGUCCCGCCCCCUCCUAAGGUCCAUCUUCCAGCCUCGCUUCUGCGCCUCCCCCGUCAUCCUCGCCGCCACCUCCACUGUAGCAGCUCCUGCUGCCACGCCGCCAAAGAAGAAGACAGGAAACGGAUACAAGACGCGCUCCGACUUCGCCAGCCGCUCGGCCUACGUGGAGUACGUGCAGGACAACCUGAAGAGCGGCAUGAUGGUCCGCAUGCUGGAGGACUACGAGGAGGUGAGCGCCGGAGACGAAGGAGAGUUUCGCUACAGCAACGACGGCUCGCCACCUGUUCAGGUGUACUGGAACUCCCUGUCCAGGACUUACUGGGUGCACUGGCACAUGGUGGAGAUAGUGGGCAGCGGCGGCAGCAGUCAGGCUGAGAAGGAGACGCAGGAGAAAGCCUCGUCCCUGACAGAGACCCUCAAACUCACCGCAGUGAGUCAGACGUUCUUCUCGAAGCCCCCCGGCGGUCUCUACUCGCUGCCGUACCUGUCCGAGGGUCUGCAGAGGGAGCCGCUGGCUCUGAGCCGGGCCGAGUGGUGGGAGAUCCUGUUCUUCAUUAAGAAACUGGAGCCCAAACAGCAGCAGGAGGUCAACGGCAUCCUGCUGCAGAGCCUGGAAGACCAGGACGCGGUGCUGGACGACUCGGCUCUGAUCGGUCUGUCUGUGCCCGGAGACGUGGCGAAGAAGCUGCUUCACUACCUGAAGCAGAAGCUGCCAUCAUCGUGCCUCAGCGACCUCCUCUGCUCCCACGCCUUCUGCAAGCACUACCUGAGGAGAGGAGGGGGGAGUCUGGAGGACGAGGAGCUGCUGGCUGAAAGCUCUCUGAGCUCAUCCGGCCUCGGAGGAGGAGGUGGAGGUGGAGGACAGAGCUCCUCCUCUUCAUCGUCAGCCUCAGCGUCCUCGUCCUCAGCGAUGGGCUCCGUCUCCAAGAAAGCAAAGAAGGAACCUCCUGCCGACUCCGGCUGCGGCAGCCCGGAGACAGAGAGCGAGCUGCCCUCAGAGGACGACAGCAAGUACCCCGAAGACCUGGAGGACAAGAUGAAAGUGUUCAACAACCCGAGGGUUCAGGGGAAGAAGACGGUUUUGGAGAAGUUGGGGGAGGUGGUGGACAUCCUGAAGAAAGGGGGGGCGGGCUCAGACCAGGCCCAGCAGCUGGCCGCCGUCCUCUUCAUCACCCGGCUGCUGGAGGACAAGGGGACGCAGGAGAAGAACUCCAUGAGGAGCGACUCUGCCCAGACUAUCCGGGACAAGGUGCUGAAGCUGCUGGUGGAGCUGCUGGGCUCAUCCUCCAAAGACCUGGUGACCAGUACGCUGAGGCUCACUCACCUCCUCAUGCUGAAAUAUGAGUGGAGGGUCUCCUUCGCCACCGAGGGCGGAGUCAAAGCCGUCCUGUCCUGCAUGCAGGAGUUCUCCACUGUCACUCACAUCCAGCAGCUGGCGCUCGCAACUCUGAAGGUGAUCACUGGAGCCAGUAAACACGACCUCCGCAGCGUCGGCAGCAGCGUCCCGCUCUCCGAGUCCGGCACCCAGAUGAUGUUGGAGAUCUUCGCCAGCAUCGGCUCGGCCACGCCCGAAGGCUCCAAAGGCCUUCUGGGAGCCGUCCCCGCCGCCAUCGACCUCAUGCUCCAGACUAAAGGGUGA